AUGGGAAGUAUUUGUAAAUAAUAAAGUCAAUAAUAAAUUGAAAUUCAAAACGAAGUUAAGUUUUCUAAAGGCUCAGAGAAAAAAGACUUAGUAAAACGAAAUACUGAAACUUCUGGAGGAACUUAAUAAUAUAAUUAAAAUAGUACUAAGCAAUUUUCGGUUAAGAAAGAUCCUUUGUCUAGUUAUAUGAAUGUAAGUUUAAGUAAUUCUGACUCUGAUUCAUAAGAAAGCAAACCUAAUCAAUAAGUUUUCACUAAUUUUGUAACGUUUUAAGCUCUUCCUUCAUAAAAAUAAAUGAUACCUAAAUUUGAAGUUUUAAAGGAUUAGUUUAAAAAUGAAAUGCUUUAAUAAAUGAAUUUAUAACAUCAGAGAAAACAAUUUUGA